AUGCUGCUAGCCAAAGGCCACACGCUCACUGCCGGGGAGGAGUGGGAGAGGAGAAACCCAGUCCCGGACCAUUUAUGCAUCAAGCAGCUGCAGCGGCCGAAGGACCAGGAGGAGGAUGACAAGGAGAAAGAGAAGCCAGGCUGCAAGAAAGCCACUGAGCUGUGCAUCCACGACCUGGAGGACGACCUGGAGUUGUCCUCCGAUGACAGCAAGGCCAGCAGAGAGGAGGGCGGCUGGGGCCCCAAGGCUAAGAAGAAGGUGCCACCCAGCAAGGGGGGCCGGAAGAAGGGAUCAGGUGAUGAGGCCUUUGAGGUCAGCGAUAAUGGUGACUUCAAAGGCCAGGAGGUGGACUACAUGUCCUCCAGCCGCAGCAACUCCCAGGAGGAGCUGGAGGGCAAGCCCAAGGUCACCCAGCAGGGGGAGAGCCCCAAGGGCAUGGACAAGCAGAGUGUGAGCUGUGAUGAGUGCCAGAAGGAGAAGCUGCCCCAGGAGGACAAGAAGGCACCCAUGCUGCAGGAGAAGCAGAGGAAACAGCAGCGAGGAGAGUGA